GCGUAUAGCCAUUUGUUUACUCAACACCGUAACAGGUUGGGCCAGCUAGUUCACGGUUGGGCCAGCUAGUUCACGGCGGUUGGGCCGGAACAUAUUGUUAGGCCGGUCUGUGGGGUGGGUAAAUGCAUAUUUUGGAUAACGAUAAGGCAGGCGCCCGAGGACAGCUGAGAGGUAUAAUGACCUUCAUGUUAGCCAUUUUUGCGCCGACGAGGUUAGGAAGCAAACAUCGAUUUGUCAAAGCAAUGCGGGAAUGUUUCUCGGUAAGACUCUGUGUUGCGUUAUUCGUAUGGAAAGGCACAGGAAUGGACUAGAAAGACGUCAAAAUGCGGCAAUAUCGAGAUGUCAAAGCGUAUAGCCUCAGAUGGGAUAUAUUCCAAAUGCGAAUCUCUGGCCGCAAAAAGAGGAAUGCCUUCUUUGUCCCUGUCGAUCUGUUGACUCCAGCUACGUGGUGGUGUAGCCCUGGUGAGGUUGCUUGUCUUGUUGCGAUCUUUAUUGUAAUAUUAUAAUUAUAUUAUAGCCGACGUGCCGAUAGAUGCACGCGGACAACGCCAGUCAAUCUGCUCUGAACAACCCAGACCAACUCCGAAACUGCACGUCUAAUCUCCUUUACAGCCGUUCUCUGCUUGUCAACUUCGGCCCCCCACCCUUCCUUUGCUUCCCCAACCUUCCGCCGGACCCUGCGUAGCAUCCACUUCCUCACGCUUACAAUCUUCCACACUUUCCACUUGUUCCCUCUAUUAACCCUAAUACUCGCCAUCAGACAGGUGCUUCGAGUUAUCUAACUUUAGAGUUCGCUACUCCACUCCAGAUCCAGGGAAUAUCCGCACUAUAAAUCUAAACUCCAAGCUCCUUGCCUACGCUGUCCUGGGCCGUGUACGGCCCUCUCGUUACCAAUCUCCUGGGACGACGUCUCCACAAUGAGCGCCACAGAGAACAUCACCGUCUCUGCGGUCGACGAUGUCAUUCGACGUCUCGAUACAGUUGUCACUGACGAUAGUGUAAAGGUUAAUUGUCAUGUUGACUCCCACGAAGGCACGAAUGGCAAUGUCAAGGUUAACAUCACCAAUGGUCACGUGGAGGGCGGCCUGCCUGUGGACAACACUUCCCUUCUAGUCAAGCUUUCUCAGACCAUUGCCCGUGAGACCGAGAAAGUCGAUGCAUACUUUCGCGAAAACUCCAUUCCCGCUCCUACCUUUGAGGCUGAUGGGCCCUCCAAUUAUCCCGCUCUUCCCGACGAGAUCCAGAAAGCGAGAAUAGUGGUCAUCAAAGCCGCUGCGGAUCUGAAGGACUUGAUGGUUGGGCCCAAAGAGUCAUUGAGAUGGAUGGCCUGGGAUCAUAAUAAUACCCUGUCAUUAAGGGCUGUGAGCCAGUUCAAGCUCGCAAAUGCUUUCCCAGUCGGGUCAACGGCAACUUUCGCAGAGCUCGCUAAGGUUGCUAACAUCGACGAAAUGAACACCCGCAGACUCCUCCGCCACGCCAUGACAAACCGCAUUUUCAAAGAGGUCAGCCCCGGAGUUGUGGCACACACCGCGGCUAGCAAAACCCUUGCUCAGGAUGAUCUUCUGCAAGACUGGGUUGGAUAUUGCGUCCAAGACUUGUGGCCUUCCGCCGUUGGGACCCUUGAAGCUUUGACCCGCUUCCCGGGUUCGCAGGAGGAUACUCAGACUGGCUUCCAGGUCGCAUUUGAUCUCGUUAACAAGGAAUCCAUGUUCACCGCCUUGGGCAAAGACCCAGCCCGCGGAAGGCAGUUUCAUCGCGCCAUGGGCUCCUUGGCGUCUGGGGCUGGCUAUGAGGUCGAGUUCUUCGUCGAUAACUACGACUGGAACUCCAUCAACGAGAAUGCUGGAACCGUUGUCGAUGUCGGAGGUAGCCACGGGUUUGUCUCUGCAGUCAUCGCCAAGAAAUUUGACAAGAUCAAGUUCAUCGUUGAGGAUCUCCCAAAGGCGCUCGCAACAGCACCAAAAUUUGAAGGCGACCUUGCCGAGAGAAUUACCUUCAAGGAGUAUGACUACUUCACUCCUCAGCCCGUAAAGGGAGCGGAUGUAUACUUCUAUCGCUGGAUUAUCCACAACACAUCCAACAAGUACGCAAUCAAGAUUUUACAGUCUCUCGUUCCUGGCCUUAAGAAGGGAGCUCGCAUUGUAAUUAACGACCACUGCCUUCCCGAGCCAAACACUGAAAACCCGUGGGACGAAAAAAUCAUCCGAACCAUGGACUUAGUCAUGCUCACUUUGAUCAACGCCCAAGAGCGCUCGAAGGAGGAGUUCGAGACGCUCUUCCACACAGCGAACCCCAAUUACCGGUUCCUAGGCGUGACGCGACCAGCCGGGUGCCGUAUGAGCAUUGUCGAAGCUGUCUGGGAGGGUGAGGACUAUGACGGUGUAGUCGAUGCGGAGACGGUCGCCGUUGAGGCCGGAUCUGAAGCUGCGUGCAACGACGAGAAAGGCCGAGCUGAAGUUUCGCCUGGCAAUGUAGAUAAAACCAUUGAGGUCGUUGACGCUCAGGUUGCCAAUAACGUUGGGGCAGUGGUCGCGAAUUAAGUGCCAUGGGUGGAUGGUGUAGGAACUCCUCGGUCAUCGGCUUGGGUUCGUGCCAGAAAAGCGGCAUUAUAAGUUGAGCGAUUGCAUUUUACAUUUUAUUUGGUAGUCUGCUCUUUAACGCAUAGUUAGACAGAAAAUCGUUGCCUAAUUCUAGAGAUAGGAUUCAUAAUACAUGCACCAAUUGAGACGAGGUGACGGGAUCGAUCUCUCAGGGGGGCAUCACAUUGUGGUGUGGACACAUUUUUGCCGCAUGGCCCCAUCCAGGUAGUAUUCCUUUGUCUUUAGAGAUCGCAAAUUCAUGGGCAAACGCCUAAAGUGGUGUUUGCCAGUGGUAUGCGUACAUGGAUGAUUGUAUGCUGCUAUCGAUUGGGUGUGGCUAUCGGAAGCGGGAAGUCUACAUUCCGUAUAUACAGGAACAUAAUUGAUAGUAUAGCCUCUGUAAAGGCUAUUCUUCGUAAUAGCACCUCACCAAGAGCUAUCAAUGUAGAUACCCAACUAGAAGCAAGCGCAGGGUGGUCGUCUACUUCUCUCGCGCUUAUCGCGAUAUGCGGUUCCCACAUAGCGGGGCGCCUUCAAUUGUAGCCGCGUCCACCCCCCCCACCUUCCUCUCUCCACG